GAUGACGAUCCACAACUCUCCUGGGUGGCCUCGUCUCCCUCCAGCAAGGAUGUUGCGUCACCCACGCAGAUGAUCGGAGAUGGUUGUGACCUCGGCCUCGGUGAGGAGGAAGGGGGCACAGGCCUGCCGUACCCUUGCCAGUUCUGCGACAAGUCCUUCAUCCGCCUGAGCUACUUGAAGAGGCACGAGCAGAUCCACAGCGACAAGCUGCCGUUCAAGUGCACCUACUGCAGCCGCCUCUUCAAGCACAAGAGGAGCCGUGACCGGCACAUCAAGCUGCACACAGGUGACAAGAAGUACCACUGUCACGAGUGCGAAGCUGCCUUCUCCCGCAGCGACCACCUCAAGAUCCACCUGAAGACCCACAGCUCCAGCAACGACCGGCACAUCAAGCUGCACACAGGUGACAAGAAGUACCACUGUCACGAGUGUGAAGCUGCCUUCUCCCGCAGCGACCACCUCAAGAUCCACCUGAAGACCCACAGCUCCAGCAAGCCCUUCAAGUGCACUGUCUGCAAGCGCGGCUUCUCCUCCACCAGCUCGCUGCAGAGCCACAUGCAAGCCCACAAGAAGAACAAGGAGCAUCUGGCCAAGUCAGAGAAGGAAGCCAAGAAGGACGACUUCAUGUGCGACUACUGCGAGGACACCUUCAGCCAGACAGAGGAGCUGGAGAAACACGUGCUCACCCGCCACCCCCAGCUCUCUGAGAAGGCAGACCUGCAGUGUAUCCACUGCCCAGAGGUCUUCGUUGACGAGAACACGCUGCUUGCCCACAUCCACCAAGCCCACGCCAACCAGAAACACAAGUGCCCCAUGUGCCCUGAGCAGUUCUCCUCAGUGGAGGGUGUCUAUUGCCACCUGGACAGCCACCGGCAGCCCGACUCCAGCAACCACAGUGUCAGUCCUGAUCCCGUGCUGGGCAGUGUGGCCUCCAUGAGCAGUGCCACACCUGAUUCUAGCGCCUCCGUGGAGCGUGGCUCCACCCCGGACUCCACCCUGAAGCCACUGAGGGGGCAGAAAAAGAUGCGGGAUGAUGGGCAGGGCUGGGCCAAGGUGGUCUACAGCUGCCCCUAUUGUUCUAAGCGGGACUUUAACAGCCUGGCCGUGUUGGAGAUUCACCUGAAGACCAUCCAUGCAGAUAAGCCCCAGCAGAGCCACACGUGCCAAAUCUGCCUGGACGCCAUGCCCACUCUCUACAACCUCAAUGAGCAUGUCCGCAAGCUGCACAAGAACCACGCCUACCCUGUGAUGCAGUUCAGCAACAUCUCCGCCUUCCACUGCAACUACUGCCCUGAGAUGUUCGCCGACAUCAACAGCCUGCAGGAGCACAUACGCGUCUCCCACUGUGGUCCCAACAACAACCCACCGGAUGGCAAUAACGCCUUCUUCUGCAACCAGUGCUCCAUGGGCUUCCUGACUGAGUCCUCCCUCACCGAGCACAUCCAGCAGGCCCACUGCAGUGUGGGCAGUGCCAAACUGGAGUCUCCGGUCGUGCAGCCCACGCAGUCCUUCAUGGAGGUCUAUUCCUGCCCUUACUGCACCAACUCGCCCAUCUUCGGCUCCAUCCUGAAGCUCACCAAGCACAUCAAGGAGAACCAUAAAAACAUUCCGCUGGCCCACAGCAAGAAGUCCAAGGCAGAGCAGAGCCCAGUCUCAUCUGAUGUUGAGGUGUCUUCUCCGAAGCGGCAGCGGCUCUCAGCGAGUGCCAACUCCAUCUCCAAUGGCGAGUAUCCCUGUAAUCAGUGCGACCUCAAGUUCUCCAACUUUGAGAGCUUCCAGACCCACCUGAAGCUGCACCUGGAGCUGCUGCUACGGAAGCAGGCAUGCCCACAGUGCAAAGAGGACUUUGACUCCCAGGAGUCCCUCCUGCAGCACUUGACAGUGCAUUACAUGACCACGUCGACCCACUAUGUGUGUGAGAGCUGUGACAAGCAGUUCUCCUCGGUGGACGACCUGCAGAAGCACCUGCUGGACAUGCACACCUUUGUGCUGUACCACUGCACCCUGUGUCAAGAGGUCUUUGACUCCAAGGUGUCCAUCCAGGUGCACUUGGCGGUGAAGCACAGCAAUGAGAAGAAGAUGUACCGUUGCACAGCCUGCAACUGGGACUUCCGCAAAGAGGCUGACCUGCAGGUGCAUGUCAAACACAGUCACCUGGGCAACCCAGCCAAGGCACACAAGUGCAUCUUCUGUGGGGAGACCUUCAGCACAGAGGUGGAGCUGCAGUGCCACAUCACCACGCACAGCAAGAAAUACAACUGCAAGUUCUGCAGCAAGGCCUUCCAUGCUAUCAUCCUGCUGGAGAAGCACCUGCGGGAGAAGCACUGUGUGUUUGAUGCCACCACCGAGAAUGGCACGGCUAACGGGGUGCCCCCAGCAGCCAGCAAGAAGGCCGAGCCUGCUGACCUGCAGGGCAUGCUGCUUAAGAAUCCCGAGGCUCCCAACAGCCACGAGGCAAGUGAGGAUGAUGUGGAUGCGUCAGAGCCCAUGUACGGCUGUGACAUCUGUGGGGCAGCCUACACCAUGGAGGUGCUGCUGCAGAACCACCGGCUGCGGGACCACAACAUCCGGCCAGGCGAGGACGACGGCUCACGCAAGAAGGCUGAGUUCAUCAAGGGCAGUCACAAGUGCAACGUCUGCUCACGGACUUUCUUCUCAGAGAACGGGCUGCGGGAGCACCUGCAGACACACCGGGGCCCUGCCAAGCACUACAUGUGUCCCAUCUGCGGCGAGCGCUUCCCCUCGCUGCUGACACUCACUGAGCACAAGGUGACCCACAGCAAGAGCCUGGACACGGGCACCUGUCGCAUCUGCAAGAUGCCCCUGCAGAGUGAGGAGGAGUUUAUUGAGCACUGCCAGAUGCACCCUGACCUGCGCAACUCACUCACAGGCUUCCGCUGUGUGGUCUGCAUGCAGACGGUCACAUCCACGCUCGAGCUCAAGAUCCACGGCACCUUCCACAUGCAGAAGCUGGCAGGCAGCUCGGCUGCAUCCUCCCCCAAUGGCCAGGGGCUGCAGAAGCUCUACAAGUGUGCCCUAUGCCUCAAGGAGUUCCGCAGCAAGCAGGACCUGGUGAAGCUUGAUGUCAAUGGGCUCCCCUAUGGCCUCUGCGCUGGGUGCAUGGCCCGCAGUGCCAAUGGACAGGUGGGUGGCCUGGCCCCACCCGAGCCCGCAGACCGACCCUGUGCUGGCCUUCGCUGCCCCGAGUGCAGCGUCAAGUUCGAGAGUGCCGAGGACCUGGAGAGCCACAUGCAGGUAGACCACCGUGACCUCACGCCAGAGACCAGUGGGCCCCGAAAAGGCACCCAGACGUCGCCAGUGCCCCGGAAAAAGACAUACCAGUGCAUCAAGUGCCAGAUGACCUUCGAGAACGAGAGAGAGAUCCAAAUCCAUGUUGCCAACCACAUGAUUGGUAAGAAAGCAUUUUCUCCCAGCC